CCGCCGACUUGUAACAUUUUAUUAUUUUUAUAAAUCGAUUGUGCGUUGUGUGAUCUACCGUUCUUUGUUUACCGCGAAUAAGUUCUUAAUUCUUUUAUUAAUUAUUAAUUACUAACGUAUUCAUUUUAUUUGAGCAGUUUUAUUAAUUUAUUUAAUUGAGUUUAAUUAACUAUCCUAAUCUGUUUUACUGUAUAAAGUGUUAUUUAAAUUUUUAUCAAAUAUGAGUUCGAAUUUUAAACGUGAAAGCGGAACACUUGAUAGUUUUUUUAUGCCCCGAGAAAAAAAACCUAAAAAUGCGACUAAUACUGCCAUUUGUGCUACUAGUUCACACGAGCUAGUGAUGCCCAAUGAAGAUAAUUUUGUUAGUGAUAGUCAAAUCGAUAAUCAAAUACAAGAUGUAUGGGAUACUUCCAAAAUUUGGCGGACAUUAGGUUUUUCUGAAUUUGAAAGUGUAGUUGACUUCCGUUCAAGAAAUGUUUUUUCUAGUUGCAUGAAAGCAUUAAAUAUACUCCCAACUUCAACAGCUGAUUGUGAACGAGGGUUUUCCGAUAUGAAUUUGACAAUAACUGAUUUAAGGACUAGAUUAAACAUUGAAAAUGUGUCAGAUUUGAUGUUCAUCUCUAUCAAUGGCCCUUCAGUUGCAGAUUUUAAUCCUAGACCUUAUAUUAAAAUUUGGUUAAGAGAUCACCGUUCUGCCGUUUCCACUCCUAGAGGUAAAGAAAGAAAAGAAAUAGACGACGAAAAUAAGAUGCAGAAAUUAUUUUUUAACAAUUUAUUUAAUUAAUUUUUUUAGUAUUUGUAUAUUUUCAUAUUUUAUUGACUUAUAAAGGUAAUUUCAAGCUUUUUUUAAAAGUUUGAUUUUUUUUUUCAUAUUUUUAACACAUCCUUUAUAAUUAUAGACCACAGUAAAAAUAUUUGUAUAUUAUUAAAUAUUCAUGUUUAUUACUAAAUCAUGGAUCUUCACCUUGACUAGAGUCGUAGUAUACUCUCAAAAAAAAUAUUGGGAACACCUCU